AUGUUCAACCCCAAUCUCUCCAACCUCCCCACUGCCAAUCCCUGGCGCGACAACCAAUCGCAGGCUCCGAGCCGGAAUCCGAUCAUAAUUGACUCCGAAUCAGAGGAGGAAGAACCCCACCCUGGAGUGGCAGCCUACAACCGUAUGUCUGCCCCUGAUGCGUUCAGGUGGGAAGACGCAUAUUUGGAGACGCUUGAUAAUAACGUCAAUGCCCUAACAGGAAGACCCCAUGUCCCAGUCCCCGGCCCUGGCCCCGGUCCCGGGCCCGGCGUCAGCUCCAGCUCCACACCGCGACCGAACCCCUUCUCAUCCGCAUCCGCAUACACAAUCCCCAGCGAACAGGAGAAGAGAACGCGCAGCCGACUACGCGAGGAGCGACACGCCGCGCUCUGCGUCCUGACGGACCGCGAGCUCCUCACCACCCAAGCCUUGGCCGCACAGGAGACCAUCCCCCAAGCACGCCGCCGCUUCCUCUCAACGCUCAUCUCCCCCUCAGACCCAAUAACAGCAACCUCUAUCCGCGCCGACCAAUUUACUGUUCAGCGCCGGGCCUCGUCUACACUGUCACCGUUCAGCACAGAGCCGAUGCUUGUCUCCCGCGGGAUCGUGGAUGUAUGCGAGGGUGAUGACUCGGGGUGGUAUAAACCGGAGCUGGACCUAGCGUCGGGGUCCGCGAUGGGAAUGUCUUCGCCUUCUGCGUCAUCGUCGCCUGUAUCUAGUGCGAAACUGAAAGGGAGGGGCACGCCGGAAAGAAGUAGAGCGAAUAGGAGGGUGUCCGGGCGGCAGCAGCAGCAAACAAGGGAGAGAAGACGGAGGUGGAGCGGGGCGGAGAGGCAGGAUUAUGGCCCCGGGGCUUCGUUCUGA